ACUGCUAGCCAGCUAUUUAUAUCAUUCAUGAGACCCUGCGGAUCUGUGUAUGCCUUGCUUUUGCUUUCAUAAAAGGGAAACUGAAGUUCAUUCAAUCAAACCCCUUUUCUUUGCAUUGCACCACUUCCCAUUUUCUCAAGGAUUCUUCCUAGAAACAGGUGACAUAGAUAGAUAGGUAGAUGAGGGGUAGAUUAUCUUCAAAACUAUCAAUGGAAACAGAUAAAGUUGAUGAGGCUAAACAAGAUCCCCGCCUCUCUGGUGCUUAUAUCCGUACCCUUGUGAAACACUUAACGGCCAAAGAUCCGUUAGAUGGUGAUGGUGGAAUUACCAAAAAUCUAAAUGAAAAUGAGGAACAUCAAAAGCGACCAACACAACCACCUCAACACAAGAAACAAGUUAGGAGACGACUUCACACCAAUAGGCCUUAUCAAGAAAGGCUUCUGAAUAUGGCUGAGGCGAGGAGAGAGAUUGUCACUGCUCUUAAGUUUCAUAGAGCUUCCAUGAAACAACAACAACAAGAAGAAGCAGCCAACAAUCUUGACCUUCAAUCGGAGCAAUCUCCAUCUUUAGGACAAGAAAAGAAGACAAAGUCCAGGAGAAUUCUUGGCCUUUAUCCUUCCACCACCGCCACCGCCACCAAUUCGUAUUCGAGUUUAUCUUCUCCUCCCCCAGUUCCUUGCUAUUGGCCUAUUUCAACAAUUGUCCCACCUCCACCACCAUCUUAUCAUGACAAUCUUAAUUUUGUUCUCCCUAGUCAAACCUUGGGGUUGAAUCUUAAUUUUCAGAAUUUUAGCAACUUAGAUACCCAUCUUUAUCACAAACCAAUGUCAAUGUACUCCUCAUCACCUGUUUCCUCCACCCCAUCAACUUCCUCUUCGGCACCUGUCUCUGCUGCCGCCGAGGAACUGGUGGUGGGAAAACCGAAGGAGACUGUGUCCAAUUCUUCAGGUGGAGGUGGGCUACAUCAUCAUGCCAUGGAUGAUGAGGAGAUGGAGGAGAUUAGAUCAUUAGGAGAGCAGCACCAGAUGGAAUGGAAUGAUACCAUCAAUUUGGUGACAUCAGCUCGGUGGAGCAAUUUCUUGAAAACCAUGGAAAUUGAAGCAGAGGAAGGGGAUGAGUACGAUGGAUUUGAUCAAGUGAUGGAAUUCCCAGAUUGGCUGAUGAAUGCAAAUGAGAGCUCUUGUCUAGAACAACAGUUUGAUGAUCAUUUCUCUGAUGCAUACUUGCAAGAUCCUGCUUUGCCUUGCAUGGACAUAGGUGAAAUUGAAGGAAUGGAUGGGGAGUGGCUAGCCUGAGAAACAAAAUUGAUUGUUUUUUGAGAAAUCAAUUUGUGGCUGCAUUUCUUUUUGCAAUUUUGGUUUUUUUUUUUUUUGUUUAAAUAUUUUGUGCUACUCUUAUUUUUGUAUGUAACAAUGCUUGCAAGUAAUAUGCCAUAUGAGAAGAAGAAAUAAAGCAAAAACUAUAGGGAGGUAUGAAUUCAAUGC